CCAUGAAGCCGGCUGGAGCUCUCCUGCUGCUCGGGGCUGCCUUGCUCCUGAUCUUAGGCGGAAAUUGUGACAUAUGCCCAGUCAUGAAGGACGAUGUUAACAGGUUCCUGGUUGGAACCCCUGAAGAAUAUAUUGCAAUAGUGAGACAGUACAACUCGAACAGUUUGAUAGAGGCCAAUGCUAGGAAGCUGAAGAGCUGCGUUGAUGGGAAGCUGACACUGGAGGAUAAGCAGAAUGCUCUCAGCGCUCUGGAUAAAAUAUACACAGAUCCUUUGUGUUAAUGGAGCCGGCCUUGCCAGAGACCCCAAGGAAGCCACGGCCUGAUCACUAAGUAGUCUCACAAGCUGCCACGUCCAGGUGUCCGUGUCCAGGUGUCUGAUUACAGGAUUCCAGAAAUAAAAGCCUUGCAGCUCACAGGAGAGGGCUUCGGGGUGGCAGGGGAGGAGGGAUGUGCCUACACUGGAGACCAGCAGUGUGCCUUCCAACUGCAGCUGGAUUUGAAUGCUGUCAGCUGUUAUGACCCUACAGAUUCCAUAGGUGGGGGUGGGUGGGGACAAUGAGAACAAUCAGAGUGCUUGGUCACUUCUGUGACCAGGACUCACAGGCCAUGUGCAUGAGCGACUAAAUUUUAGCCUCCUGGCAACCUUGAGAGCCAAAGGUAACCAUUCCAGUCUUACAAAUGAAGAAACUAAGGCUCAGAGAGGUUAAGUUCUAGCAAAGAUGACACAGCUCCCGGGCAGCAGAAUCUCUAACCCCCCCCCCGCCCCGCCCCAUCCACAGCUGGGGAGACAAGUUCGGCCAACACACCGGAGGACCCCGCACAUCUCAGAGGCCUUCUUUGGGCCUCUGGUUCCCACUUACAAAAUGGAAAUACUUCCAAUCUCCAAGGCUGUGGUGAGGCCAAAGUGAAAUCAUGGGUGAGAAGGGGCCCCUGUCCUAAGGGCCUGACAGGAGAGAAGGAACAAAGGGUCAAGGUACCAAUGCUGAAUCUGGUCACUUCUGGCGCCUCACUUUAUCCUAACGCCAACCACCCAGUUGUGGAUUCAGCUGCGUCCACGUAAAUACACUGUAAGUUGGGUCUAAUGCUCAGAGGGGACAUCCAGGGGCAGAGAGCUUCCAAGGCCACCUGCAGCUCUGCUCCAUGACCGUGAUUCUGGACCUUCUCAGGCCCCUCUGUCGCCCUGUCUGAUUCCUCUUGGCCUGACCCCCACCACCUCUCUCAUAGCUUCAUCACAACCGGAGCUCCCCCCGAGAAGGGUCUGCUGGGUGCACACCACAGGGCUCUGCACGGUGGAGGGGGGCGGGGAUCUCUACGAUCUUCACAGUGAGGAGGUUAGGGGAGGUCCCCAGAGGUGAGCCAGGGCCGCUGUUUCUCUCUGGGGGUGGCAGGGGAUGGCCACCUUGCCCAGAGUGAGACCUGGCUCUUUGUCUAUGCCCCCCAACUCCGCCUUCCUCAGGGUCUGGCUGAGGGCUCUUCUAAAAUGGAGCGCUGCCUCUGAGGGCACUAAGUGGAGUUUAGGGGGUAUGAGCAGGGCGUGGGGCAGAGGAUUUGCAUUCCACCACUCCCGUGUCCUACAGUUGUAAACACCCCAGGGCUCCUGAAAGCAGAGUUGCCACUCCAGAUGAGUUGGGUGGGUCUUAUCCUGUCUUGGGUAAAGACUCACCCUGCUCUGCAGUGAGUGUACAGGUGUGACGGUGACCCAUCCAAAGACAAGGCGGGGACAAAUGCGGGGCACUCUGUCCUCACCGGGACACAAUCCGUAUCUGGGCUGUUGCUCAGCUCCCACAGAACUCCGUAGGGGCUGCUGGGGAGACCCUUCGAUACUGUCCCCGUGCUCCCUCCCCUCUCACUGCCCUCCUCCAACCUACAGAAUCGUUAUCUAAUCUGGGGUUCAGGGAAAAGUCAGAAUCAGGUGUUCUCCCAAAUCUUUUUCCGUCUAACAUUCAAACCUCAAAUAGUUCAGAAGCUAAACGUCAAAAACCUGUGGCUUUUGAUCUCUGACUCAUACACACAUUUGCCUCUGAGAUCAUAGAGGCAUAGACCCUGUUUCCACCUACCUUGACCUGAAUUCACCCACAACUGUGUGGAUGAUCCCCCACCAGCAGACGUCUCCGCUCCUCACACACUUGCAUCUGUUCCCUGCGUGGUGGCUUUCUCCAGCACCAGGGAGCCUGCUGAACCGUUGUCAGGCUCACUCCGGAACUGUGGGGGAAACCCUCAAACACUACAGCCUCCUUGACUCCUGGCCAGUCUAUUUUGAGGUGAGGUUCUACACAAUCUCUGAAACGUGCUCAGUGGCCUUGAGUCCCGGCUGCCCACCUCACCCAGCUUUUCCCACUUGCCUGUUUCACUUUCCUUAGUUCCUUACUUGAGCACCUGAGAUCACCUCCCAAAUAAACUGCCUGCCCCCAAGUCCCUGUGUCUGGGUCUCCUUUAGUGGGAAGACAAACUAUCAUAGCGACCCAUGUCCAUCUGCCUGAUCAGGAAGGAUAGGGAUUCAUGCAGAGGAGGCCCAGUGAAGGCAGCAGGAGGAAGGGAGUGCGAUACCCCAGCUGAUCCUUCAGAGGCAGCAUCCACUCUACGCAGACAACAAGGAACCCUGGCAGGAAAGGAAGGUGCCCUCUUGCCAUGUAUUUCUCCAGGGACUUCGCACUGUGCAAUUCCCACACCGACCUGACAAGGAUGUUUUGGGGCGUACCCACAAUCCAGCCCACGGGAAUCCACUGAGGGAUUCCAGGCAGAAGUACACAUUGCUCCACUGAUCGAGACCUGGGAGCCAGAAAGAGAAAGAGAGAUGGGAGCAAACUCUGGUGCCAGGACAGAGGCAACAGGACUGAG